AUGAAACGUAUUUUUUCUGGUAAUAAAUCACCAAAAUUGACUGUACCGUCAAAUUCUUCAAGCAACAAUGCAUUCAGCCCUUCAAGCAGCCAGUUUAGUUCACAUUCAGACCCAUCUCUUGAAAGUCUGACGAAUACUCAAGAAUAUAUCAAAUCUGGUCAGCUUUCUGAGGAAUUAGUUCCCAUGGUCACGUUGUUAUCAAGUCAUGCUCAUAGAAGAUAUCAUGAAGGUGUACUUUUAAUGUUACAUGAUCUUAAAAAUGAUGGAUCUCAAGCAGGUAGAGUUUGGAAAGAACUAUAUGCAGUGUUGAUAGGUACACAACUUGCGUUGUGGCCUGCCAAAGAAUUGGCCGGAAGUGGCACAGCUGAUUUAAAGAAAUUAGCAUCAAAGCCCACAUAUAUCAAUUUUAUGGAUGCUACUAUCAAAUCGAUGAAUACAGUUAGUGGAAUUUCAGAAGCGAGAAACAAAAAACUGGAGAAUUCUCUUGUGGUAUCAACAACAUUGAAAAACAGGUAUUUUUUACAGUUUAGUGAUAAGGAAACAUUUGCCCAUUGGACCGCUGCCAUAAGACUCAGCCUUUACGAGUGUAGGGCUUUACAAGAGGCUUAUACUGGUGCUUUUUUAUCAAGCAGAGGUGCAAAAUUGAGUGAUAUUAGAGUCAUUUUAGCAUCAACAAAAUUUGAUUAUGAAGAUUGGGUUAGUGUACGCUUCGGCACUGGUAUGCCAUGGAAACGUUGCUAUGCAGUAAUAACACAGAAGAAGGGAAAAAAGAAAGACACUUUUGGUCAAAUUAAUUUUUAUGAGGAUGAUAAAAAGACGAAAAAGAAAAAUAAAGCUAUGAUUACUGUUACAGCUGCACAGGCUAUAUAUGCGGUAUACCCAUCUGCGCCACAAUUGAUCGAUGAUUCUACCAUUAUUAAAUUAGAGGGCACUAUAACAAUUGAAAACGAAUCAAGUUCCCAAACCUCAAAUCUAUUUAUCAUGCCAGAAAGACAUAAUGCUGUAGCUGGUUAUGAUACAAUUGUAAGAUUUUUAAUACCGGCAAUGAAUGCAUUUAAACUGUAUGGCAGACCUACAAAGUUAAUUUCUAAUAAGGAUGAUCCAAACUCAUUGUUAUUUGCCCUCCCGGUACUACCUCAUGUGUACUACCUGGAUGUGGACGAUCUAUUGGUAACGGCCAAUUCAUCCCCUAGUACAAACUGGGACGGUAAGGACUGGGACAGGUAUAUUACUGACCUAUUGCAGAACAAAUGUGCUCGUGGGUAUUCUGGUUGCGGUUCUACAGCAAAAUUAACGGGAGCCAUAUCAUCACCUAUCCUUGGCUCUGCAGAAUUAUUUGAAGGAUCAAAUUCUGCGUUCAAUAAUAAGCUGAGUGCGUCUCCUACUUUUGGACCUUAUGACAGAAUGUCAAACGCUUCUAAGUCGAACUCAAGCUUACCUAAAACUUCAACUAAGCCAGUUAACAAUAGUUUAUUGAGAGAAUUCACACUUCCAGAAUCAUCAAGUUUAAACGAUAGCCAGAAAUCUGUAUCGAAGAUAAUUAAUACCGCAAAUGAGCGAACAAAUGAUAUAUAUCCUCGUAACGAUAGUCAUGGUGAUAUGGCAGAACUUCCAAAGACGUCUGUCCGGAAAAAUAGCCCUGCUGUUAUAAAAAAUGAUAGCAAGAAUGAAGGAAUACAUUUGCCUGAAAUGCCGAGAGCUGGCGUUAGCAAUCUGGCUUGGAAACCUACAGAACUACCCGCUGCAGCACCUAGAUCUCCUUCAUUAAAUCCACCAGCAGAAUAUAAUAAAAAUAUCCCAUUCAAUAGCACACCAUCUUCUAAUGCGUAUGGAAGAACAGGACAAGCUUCCAAGUCGCAAUCGCAGAAAUUUCAUGAAAUAUCUAGGGCAACAAUCAACAAUCAGCCAGAACCAAACAUAUUUAAUAAUGGUAAUACGCCUAGCUGUAGCCAAGAAACGGAAUCAAGCGGUGCUAAACCAUAUCCUUCUAAUGAUAUAGUUACUAAUUUGGCCGAAUUGGCUGUGGAAGGGGAAAAUGUUGCUUCAGGUUUGAAGAAGGGAAUGAAAAUUGAGAUAACCAAUUCUACAUUUGAUAAAUUUGAAAAGAAAGAUCAAUUGAAAAUUCCCGAAAAGAACGAUCAUCGAAAUACAAAAUCCGAAUUAGGCUCAAUUUAUGACAAUUAUGCUAGCGAUCCGUUCGGUAGAUCUUCUAUGGGAGAGGAUGACGAAUUAAAAUUCACAUCCGAACUUUUGAAUAAUAAUGAGAAGGAUGAGUUAAAAGCUCGAAUGAGUAAUUUAAUGUCAAGAGAGGAUACAAGGUCAUCUAACGGAGAUAUCUUUGCUACAGACUUUGUCGAGCAGAGUGAAAUUUUGGAAAUGGAGAAGAAUUAUACCAAGAAAACUAGAAUUGAAGGUACCAAGCGGAAUCAUGGACAAGAAAACCACAGUUAUGCACAUGAACAGAUGCCUUCAACAGAAAAGAACCCAACAGACAAGGUGCGUCAAAAGGGUUUAAGAAUAUUGAACCCAUAUGCAAAGCGCAGUAAUCAAGAACCGCCAAAGGAUUUGGAUAAUAAUCGUCAAGAGCCACAAGUUCAUACACACGAAGAAUUAUCACAGCCCUCUCAACAUGGCCACCAACCACCGGUACAGCUAACACAUCAUAAUCAGCGCCCAUUGACACCAACACAGUCUGGUGUUGCUAUUCCACAGGAGGACUAUGACCCAAACAACGCUCGCAGUAACUACGUAAUUCCAAAUCAAGGAUUCCAAAAGGGUUAUCCCCAGAUUCAACUGCAGAGAAACCCACAAGACUACCAGCAAAACUAUCAAUCCGCACCAAUGCGAAUUCCACCUCAACAAUACCAACAACAUCCACAGAUGCAAUAUUAUCCUCCUCCUCCGCAGCAGAGAUACUAUCCAUCUCCACAGCAGCAGGGUUAUCAAACAAGGCAGUAUUCGUCACAACAACAAUACUUCCCGCAAGGUCCUGUAGGCCCACAACGGCAUUCAAGACCUGUACCAAGAAUGGGGCCACAACCAAUCCCUAUGCCAGUGCAUCCACCUAACAAUUAUGGAUCUCAACGUCCAUAUUCGCCACAACAGAUACAACCACAGAGAAUAAUGGCUCCAAACAAUCAAAAACAGCAGCAACAACAGCAGCAGCACGGUGGUCCAAGAGGUGGUGGUUUCUCACAGUUCAUGCCGGAUUCUAAUGCGAUUAAGAAAAAUCCAUAUGGUUCUUAA